AUGGGGGCAAGACAUGAUCUCAGAAUGCCAAUGAUACUCCCCAGAGGGUUUCGAUUUUCGCCUACGGAUUGGGAGCUGAUAAAAUACCUAGAAUGCAAAGUUAUGGGCGAACCUUUGCCUUGUGAUCAUGCCAUAUGGGAUGACAUUGACAUAUAUGAUCCUAAAUAUCAUCCAGAAACCCUAGUCAAACGUUAUGGCGACGACGAAAACGUCGUUUACGUUUUCACUAAGUUGAAGAAGGUGGCACCAAAAGGGAAAAACGUUGGGAGAAGGGUUGGAGGAUGUACAUGGAGAGCCAACAACGCCGGGGAAGAAGUUAAAGUGGCAGGCAAAGCAGAAGAGGGAUGGGCUAAAACAUUUAGUUUCGAAAACGAGAAGAAGAAAAGGAUUGGAUACAUUAUGAAACAGUAUACUUUGCAUGAUUCUAUUCUCAAGAACGCAAGAGGAGAUAUGAAGGACUAUGCUUUGUGUCGAAUCUACAAGAAAUCCAAUUCCAAGGAGGAUGAAGCAAACCUCGAGGAUGACAAUUCCCAAGAUGAUCAAGAAGAAGGUGUGGAUGCAAAUUGUGAUCACCACAACCAGGUUCCCCAUGAUCCAGAACAUGACAUUCAAGUAAAAGAAAAAACCCUAGAAUCGGUCCCUCGGUUAAUCUCUUUUGAAACAUCAUGGAAUCAUCAAUCUACAGUCAAUAAUCUUCAUGCAGCAUUACAACGUGGAGAUGAGAUACAGAAUGAUUUCAGUAAUCCGGCUUCUAAUGCCCUUAAACUUGACGGAAUCGCCAUCCACAAUACGGAACAACAACAACAACUGUUUGAUCAUCUGACUGAUGAGGAAUUGGAUUCAGUGAUGAAUUUCUUGGAGCAGAAUAAUGAUGAUGAUCAUCGUCAUGAUAUAUUGUCUUCACAACAAGAUCUAUUCCCUCCUAAUGAUUUUGAUCAUCAGGCAUUGGCAGCACAAGGAUUUUCCGACUUCUCGUAUCCACCUCAAAAUCAAUUGUCUCAACUUCCUCCCCUCCGGAUCGAGUUUCAACGAGACUCGAAUCGUGCGAUGCUCGAAGCCUCAAACAUAAGUGCAUUACAAGAUCACCAUGAUCAAUAUGUUAUGGGGUGUAGCUUUUGCAAUCAGGUGGAAAUGGGGAGCCAGAAUGCAAUAAUGAGCCCAUCCUACAGUGCCACAUUAAUGCGUCUUGAUGAGCCGAAGCCAGUCUAUCAAGAUUUAGGGACAUUGUUGGGUAUGACAGAGAAUUUUACACACUCCCAAUUUCUUGGAACUAUCAAUAAAGAAGAAAUGAGUGUUACUCGAGAGGAUUGCUCAGAAUUCGGUUGGGAGAUUGCGAAAAGGUUGAGAAGUUCCAAGAGAGACAAAAUCAGCAUCCACUAA